UUCAACGGGCGAGGAUUUUUCGAAAAGAAACAGCUCUUCCUUCUUCUCCUUCAUCUUCUUCUUCUUCAAUGUCUUCUCAGAGAUUUUUCGUGUUUAGGGCUUGAAUUUUAGGGAUGAGUUCCAGUUCGGUUCCCGCCAAUUCGUCACCCGACGAGAAGGAGGUGAUGGGUGGGGUGAAAUUAGAGGAGUGUUGUCUUGAGAACAAGCAAUCGACGGCGGCAUCGAGUUCCUCCGUAUCUGAAGGCAGUGGCAGUGUUUUUCUCAAGUCCCCCGGAAUAUGUAGCCCAGCCUCAAUGUCACCGACUCAUCGGUACUAUCAGAGGACGAGUGGCCCCAUUAGGAGAGCGAAGGGUGGUUGGACUCCGCACGAGGAUGAAACAUUAAGGAGCGCUGUUGCAGCUUAUAAGGGGAAGAGUUGGAAAAAAAUAGCCGAGUUUUUUCCUGAUAGAUCAGAAGUACAAUGUCUACAUAGAUGGCAGAAAGUUCUUAAUCCUGAUCUUGUCAAGGGUCCUUGGACCCAAGAGGAGGAUGACAAAAUCAUUGAACUUGUAUUAAAAUAUGGGGCAACAAAGUGGUCACUAAUAGCUAAAUCUCUGCCUGGUCGCAUAGGGAAACAAUGCCGAGAGAGGUGGCACAAUCAUUUGAACCCAGACAUUAGAAAGGAUGCAUGGACAUUAAACGAGGAAUUAGCGCUUAUGAAUGCACAUCGAAUACAUGGGAACAAGUGGGCUGAAAUUGCUAAGGUUUUACCGGGAAGGACCGACAACGCAAUAAAAAAUCAUUGGAAUAGUUCCUUGAAGAAAAAGUUGGAUUUCUAUUUGGCUACUGGAAAUCUUCCACCUGUCAAUAAGAGCAAUCCCCAAAAUGGUCAAAAAGAUACAAAUAAAACUGCUGCAACUAAAAGCCCACUUGUUUGUUCAAAUAAAGAACUGGAUUCUUCUGUCCAUACAACGGGUACCACUGUCAUGUAUAAAAUAGAUGAAGAUCGAAAGCACCAGUUAGAAUCUCCUGGCCCACCUAGUAAUUUGGAUGGUUCAUCAAGUGUUCUUCCAAACGAGUCUGCUGAUUCUGAAGCUGAGCAAUCAAAGCCAGGACCAUCAAAUAUGGAUCCUAGCUCAUCAAAUUCAGAUGCGGUGUUAAAGUUUGAGACCUAUGCGAUCAGCAAAGAGCAUAGGAUUGAGAAUUGUGUAAUGAACUGUGAGCCAAAGUCUCUAAAUUGUGGCAUUGAUAAUGGUGGGUUUGACGCCAAAACAAAUGAAGACAAAGUUGCUCGAACACCUUUGCCGUAUCAAGCUUGGACACAUGGUUGUUUGUACUAUGAACCACCACAGUUAGAAGGUUGUACUCCUCUAGAUUCUAGUCCAUUUUCGUCACCUGUUAGUUUCUUCACUCCUCCUUGCGUGAAGGGAAAUGGUUUGAGUUUGCCAAGUCCUGAAUCUGUUUUGAAAAUGGCUGCCAUGAGCUUUCCCAAUACUCCUUCCAUCUUACGGAAGAGAAAGAGUAAAGCACAAACACCUUCGCUUCCUAAUAAAAUUCAGAAAGUAGAUGAAGAAUCAGAUCGAAACUUGCUUAGUGCUUCUUCGGAACAGGACAGUUUGGAAAUGCCUGAAAAUCGGGAUGGAAGUUUGUGCGAGAGUCCCACUCGUCAUGGUACUAAUUCCAUUGCUCCUAAUGGUAAGGCUUUCAAUGCAUCUCCUCCAUACCGCUUAAGAUCCAAACGAACUGCUAUGUUCAAAUCCGUGGAGAAACAACUUGAGUUCGCAUUUGACAAAGAGCGCGAGGGAAAUAUCAAGUCUACAGAAUUAUCUGCAAUGGCGAGUUCGCCUGUUGCUGAAGAUUGCUCACAUGCAACGAAGUUGGGAGUAAGCUAGGACUUGCAUGCGGCGCAGUGGCACAACGAGGCUGAAGAUUGGUUCUCAUCAAGCUUUCACAACAAUUUGCUUCUGAAUUGGUGGCUGAAGCACCAAUUCUUCAAAGCUAUUUUGAAAGUGGCUGAUUAGAUGCUUAAUUUAAUUGGUUUUCGAAUUCCACAAAUCAAUGGUUCUUGCAGAUACACCGACGUGUUUUUAGUCACACGGGGUGAUUAUUCCCCUAAUACCAACAUGACAAAAAGUUCAAUGGCAGUUAGGCUUCUGUCUUUUGUAGGAUAGGUUCAAAUUUAUUGUGAAAAUAUGACUUGUACAGGAAGAAACCCCGCCGAAGAGAGGAGCAAUGAUGCUUGGAAAUCUCCAAAUGAAAGCUUAGCUCCUCAUAAUACUGCGUUCAACUUUAAUAAUUUUCAAUGUCUGACCAAUAUUUUACAGGUAGAAGUAGAACUUCUUUGUAGCAGUAAGCAGUAUACAUAACUUUAUUGCCCAGGUACCUCUGUAUUUUAAAAUAAUUCAGAGUCUUGCUCUCCUUGGUGCAUACUAAUUUUCUUCUUCUCUGUCGGUAUUUACGAGUUUUUUCUUUCCGUCUUUUGGAUGUAAACACACUAGGUAUUGAAUUCCAAUUCAAACUUUCAAAUUAUAUCCUAUUGGGCAAAAA